CAGUUUCAGAAACACGUCAUAACCGCCGUGUUUUGUACAUCAUCUAUGCUGCGUUGGCGGCUCUCUUUGCGCCUCGCCUGUCUGCAGCCAGGAUGGCGAAUGUUCCAGCAGCGCAGCAAGUCAUGAACACCGCCGAGGACAUCGCGGAUCAGGUGUUGAGGCGGGGCAAGCACGUGCUGCCCCACCUGGGCCGGUUCUGCCUGGUGAGCACCUUCCUAGAAGAUGGCUGCCGCAUGUGGUACCAGUGGGGGGACCAGCGGGACUACAUGAACCAUUCAUGGGGCUGCGGUUGGUUCCUGGCCUCCCUGUUUGUGCUGGUCAACCUCGUCGGCCAGCUGGGGGGUUCCAUCGCUGUGCUGGCCCGCUUCCACGUCGUGCCAUCGUGCGGCCUUCUCUUCUUCAUCGUCGUGCUGCAGACAUUUGCGUACAACAUACUGUGGGAUGUGGGCUUCCUGCUAAGGAGCAUGUCGCUGAUUGGGGCGUUGCUCCUGCUGGUUGCCGAGAGCCGGGUGGAGGCCAAGAGCUUGUUUGCAGGCGUGCCUUCCCUGGGCGAGAACAAGCCCAAAUCGUACAUGCAGCUGACGGGCCGCAUCUUGCUUGUCUUCAUGUUCAUCACCAUGCUGCGCCUCGAGCUCUCUGUCCUCCAGAUGCUGCAGAACCUGGUGGCCACUGCUCUGAUGGUCCUUGUCACCGUGGGCUACAAGACCAAGCUGUGCGCCCUGGUGUUGGUGCUGUGGCUGACGGCAGUGAACGUGUGGGUCAAUGCAUGGUGGUCGGUCCCUUCGUACCGGCCCAUGCGUGACUUCCUCAAGUAUGACUUCUUCCAGACCAUGUCGGUCAUUGGUGGGCUGCUCAUGGUUGUCUCUCUGGGGCCCGGUGGUGUGUCCCUCGAUGAGCACAAGAAGCACUGGUAGAGCCACUGGCCCACCUACACAAACUGUGCGGCAUAUAUUUAUUUUGUGCUUCUGCACUGGUGAUUUGUAGGGUCGCGGGCGCAUUGUUAUUAUUGUACGGGUUGCGACAGAUUAAUUGAGUAACGAAUUGAGAUGAAAAUAAAACGAACUGGUAUGCUUUGAAAUAUAGAUUGAAUGAAAUGCCAUUAAACAAUAUCUCGAAACAGU